AUGAUUAUUCGUUCGCCGGAACCAGAAGUCAAAAUUUUGGUAGAUAGGGAUCCCGUCAAAACUUCUUUUGAGGAAUGGGCCAGACCUGGUCAUUUCUCAAGAACAAUAGCUAAAGGACCUGAUACUACUACUUGGAUCUGGAACCUACAUGCUGAUGCUCACGAUUUCGAUAGCCAUACCAGUGAUUUGGAGGAGAUUUCUCGAAAAGUAUUUAGUGCUCAUUUCGGCCAACUCUCCAUCAUCUUUCUUUGGCUGAGUGGCAUGUAUUUUCACGGUGCUCGUUUUUCCAAUUAUGAAGCAUGGCUAAGUGAUCCUACUCACAUUGGACCUAGCGCCCAAGUGGUUUGGCCAAUAGUGGGUCAAGAAAUAUUAAAUGGUGAUGUGGGUGGAGGUUUCCGAGGAAUCCAAAUAACCUCGGGUUUUUUCCAGAUUUGGAGAGCUUCGGGAAUAACUAGUGAAUUACAACUUUAUUGUACCGCAAUUGGUGCAUUGGUAUUUGCAGCCUUAAUGCUUUUUGCUGGUUGGUUCCAUUAUCACAAAGCUGCUCCAAAAUUGGCUUGGUUCCAAGAUGUAGAAUCUAUGUUGAAUCACCAUUUAGCAGGACUACUAGGACUUGGGUCUCUUUCUUGGGCGGGGCAUCAAGUACAUGUAUCUUUACCAAUUAACCAAUUUCUAAAUGCUGGAGUAGAUCCUAAAGAGAUCCCACUUCCUCAUGAAUUUAUCUUGAACCGGGAUCUUUUGGCUCAACUGUAUCCCAGUUUUGCUGAGGGAGCAACUCCCUUUUUCACCUUGAAUUGGUCAAAAUAUUCGGAAUUUCUUACUUUUCGUGGAGGAUUAGAUCCAGUAACUGGGGGUCUAUGGCUAACCGAUAUUGCACACCAUCAUUUAGCUAUUGCAAUUCUUUUCCUUAUUGCAGGUCACAUGUAUAGGACUAACUGGGGCAUUGGUCACGGUAUAAAAGAUAUUUUAGAGUCUCAUAAAGGUCCAUUUACAGGCCAGGGCCAUAAAGGCCUAUAUGAGAUCCUAACAACGUCAUGGCAUGCUCAAUUAUCUCUUAACCUAGCUAUGUUAGGUUCUUUAACCAUUGUUGUAGCUCACCAUAUGUAUUCCAUGCCCCCUUAUCCAUAUAUAGCUACUGACUAUGGUACACAACUGUCAUUGUUCACGCAUCACAUGUGGAUUGGUGGAUUUCUCAUAGUUGGUGGUGCUGCGCAUGCAUCCAUUUUUAUGAUAAGAGACUAUGAUCCAACUACUCGGUAUAACGAUUUAUUAGACUGUGUCCUUAGACAAGUGCAGAAACAACGUGUAACACAUUUAUUUAAGUAUUACGUAAAAAAUAUCUAUCAUUCCAUAAUCGUUAAGUAA